UAAACCCAGGAGUGUGUCCAAGCAGAAAAUAUGAACCAGCAAUGUGUACCCUGAUACGAUUCGUGCCGUGUGCCGAUGACAGUGAGUGUGCCAACAAUCAGAAAUGCUGCAACAAUGGAUGUGGACUUCAGUGUAUGGAUCCAGUUACAGUGAAGCCAGGAGUGUGUCCAAAGACAAGCAGUGAAAUAAUGUGUGUCAGGAAGGAUGACGAGUUGUGUGCCGAUGACAGCGAGUGCCCCAACAAUGAGAAAUGCUGCGGCACUGCAUGCGGUGGAACUUGGUGUACGGCUCCAGUUACAGUAAACCCAGGAGUGUGUCCAGGCACUAGAUAUGGAGCAGAAGAGUGUACCUGGAUAAAAUUCGCGUCGUGUGCCGAUGACAGUGAGUGUGCCAACAAUGAGAAAUGCUGCAACAAUGGAUGUGGACUUCAGUGUAUGGCUUCAGUUACAGUGAAGCCAGGAGUGUGUCCAAAGACAAACAGUGAAAUAAGGUGUAUCAGGAAGGAUGACGAGUUGUGUGCCGAUGACAGCGAGUGCCCCAAAAAUCAGAAAUGCUGCGGCACUGCAUGCGGUGGAACUCGGUGUACGGCUCCAGUUACAGUAAAGCCAGGAGUGUGUCCAAAGACAAAGAGUGAAUUGGUAAAGUGUAUCAUGAAGGGAAAAAAGUUGUGUGCCAAUGACAGUGAGUGUCCCAAAAAUCUGAAAUGCUGCGGCACUGCAUGCGGUGGAACUCGGUGUACGACUCCAGUUACAGUAAAGCCAGGAGUGUGUCCAAAGACAAAUGGUGAAUUAAUAAGGUGUAUCAGGAAGGAUGACGAGUUGUGUGCCGAUGACAGCGAGUGUCCCAAAAAUCAGAAAUGCUGCAGCACUGCAUGCGGUGGAACUCGGUGUACGGCUCCAGUUAUAGUCUAGGUGCCCAACUGAAGCGAAUCCAGUGAGUGGUCAGUGCCCUGCCGGACACAAAUGAUGCUCAUCCACCUGUGAUCAUGCAUGCAGUGACGCUGUGCCGAUUUAAUCACCGGAAAGAGUUGUGGGAAUGAUUUAGCAUAAUGCAUAUAUGAAUUAUUUUACUUAAAUCAAAUCAAUACUUUUUUUUUCUUGCAUUAGUGUGUUGAAAUAACGGAUGCAUAUGGACAUGGCUAGACGGCUAACUAAAUAUAACAACCCCAUGUCCUUAGGAACAAGCUGAAGUAAUCAAAAAAAAAAAAAAACUAAUUUGCUUUUCUGGGGCGGUUUCUGAAUUACACAUGCAUAGAACUGAUUACAUUAGAGAAUGAUGAUGUAACGAGUCCUGUUAACUUUGCCAUGCACCUAUCCCUAAACUGCUGUAUCGUUUUUAGUUUGAUAUGAGGUCCUCUCGGCCAUGAUUAAAGCAUCUUCAACA